AUGUUGUCACAUGAGCUCACAUCUGAGCAUGGCUCUGGGACAGUGGGAGUGGAUGACAGUGUGUGUGUGUAUCGAGUAUGUGUAAGCUGUGCGCAUGUUUUGAUGUUUACAGUCCUUGUCCUUGCAUGUAUGAGGCUGGGGGCCAUGUCUGUCUGUUUUGGAACCACGCAGACUGUAUGUGUGUGUGUGUGUGUGUGUGUGUGUGUGUGUGUGUGUGUGUGUGUGUGUGUGUGUGUGUGUGUGUGUGUGUGUGUGUGUGUGUGUGUGUGUGUGUGUGUGUGUGUGUGUGUGUGUGUGUGUGUGUGUGUGUGUGUGUGUGUGUGUGUGUGUGUGUGUUGAGCGGCAGCUGAGGGCUGGUGUGGAUAUGGCAGUGGUGGUGGUUGGCAGUGUGUUUUGUGGUUGUGUUGUCAGAUUGCUGUGUGUCAGCAAAGAGCCAGGGGAAUGCUUGGCUGCCUAUCCAGGCCGGUGCGGACCCUGCCGUGCCCAGCUACCAUGGGCUGUCGGCGGGUGCUGGAGGGCACAGUGUUGGGAGUGUGAGUGGGGGGGGGGGGGGGGGGUAGGAAGAAGUACAGGGAGGCGGGGUUGUGGUCCAGUGGUUGUCAGCCAUGCAGUGGUGUAUGGCAGGGCCCUCUGGCAAAUGCUGGCCCUUGCCACCAUCACCACUAAUCCCCAUACCUCCCUCUCCCCGCUGCCUUCCUCUCUCCCCCACCGUCGCUCUGCUCAGUCUCCAGAGUCCCUGGGUGAUUUGUGGGGAGGAGGAGAGAUGUGGGAGCUUGGCUGCCUGACCUUUUACCAAAUCCCUCCGCUUUUCUAUUCCAAUGGUCACGGCCCAGACAGGCUAGGGGGCAAGGCUGCCUCACUGCCUCCCUGCCUUCCCGGCCAAAGCAUGUCCACCCUGCCUCCUUCCCUGCCCUCUUUGCCACUCUGUCCUGCCCUGGCCUUGCUUCUCUGGCUGUGUGUUGUUAACAUUGCGUCAUAGCUGCUCCAGGGAAGCAAAGGGAGGGAGAAAUAUAUACAGAGAGUGAGAGAAACAAAAAAGUGAUUAGGAAGAGAGAGAAGAGCUAAAAAGAGAGUGUGACACAGAGACUGUUGUUUUUGAGGUCAGAUUUCUUCACUUCUCUCUCUCCUUCUGUUCUGUCUUUGUUGAACAGUGAGGUGGGCAGAUCUGUGGAGUAGUGGUAGUGUGAUGUUCAGGCACUGUGCCCAGAGCAGAGUGUGUAUCAUAGUCUCUCCCGUCUCUGACGCCUGUACCUCAGCAUGUCUGAGCUGUUUAGAGCCUGUAUGUCUCUACGGCUACACUCCCACUCAAAUGCCUCAGACAAACAUCUUUGUCGUUGCAGUAGUAACAUAACAGGGGUGGCUGAGGAACACAGCAGAACAAUGUUAAGGACAGAUGGGAAUAACCUGAUAGAUUUCUACAGCAGGUAUCCCACCAUGUUCACACACUCUUUUUUUUAAAUGCUCAGAGCGUGCUUGGAGGCAAACCCCAAACAAAUGAUGCAAUGUUGCAGUCACCAACAAGGCUUACUGAAACCAGUGAGAGUAAAAGUCUGACUACCUACCCUCUCUCUUCCUUUUUCUCCAUCUCUAACUCCUCUCCCCUCGCCUCUCUCCUUCCUGCCCCUCCCACACUCUCAGUAUGCUGUGGGUCUAUAUCAUGGCAGAUGACGCGUGACGCCAUGCUUUUACGUAUAGUUUAGCCUAGCACUUUCUAUCCUCGUCAAUCUUCGUCUCGCUAAUUUUUUCUUAUACGGCACAAGCGAUUUGACUUGGCGGAUGGGUUAUACAUCUCAACAGUCAGCGUUCCCCAUGUCCCUCUAGAAUCGCAUGGCUGAUUUUUAUACAACCUUCGAUAAACCUACGUAUGGAUUUUCCGGAAGCUUGGUGCGACCAUUUAAUAUGGGCUUUGACACCAUGGUGACGUGGGGUCGAUACUUCAGCAGGGUCAUUACACCAGUAAAUUGGGUCAAGCAGGGUUAGAGGUCAGCCUCCUCCCAGCCCUCUGACCUCAUGACCAGAGGUUACUGAGGAGCGCUCCCCAUUUGCACGGGUGACCAGGACUGAAUUUGUGUGUGUGUGUGAUUGUGUGGUCACCACAGGCAAGGAGAAGGUGGGGGAUGGGUUUAGAGCAGUGUCCUUUUUCAGCCAGCAGAAUGGGGAGUGGGAGAGGGAGAGGAGUUAUUGAAGUAAUUUUACUGGACAGAUUUUGAGUGGGAUGUGAGAAUUAUUAUAUAAUUUAUGUAGGGGCUUUUAUGAUACAUUUUAGUGUGAUCUACAUAUUAACCAAAUAUGUUUAUUUUGGUUGUUGAUGCUAAAUCUGUGUUCCUCAGUGCUGACCCACUCACUAACCCUCUCCUCCCUCUGUGUUUGUUUCUCCUGUGCAGAGUCGGAGCUGUCUCAGAGUAAGGCUGGAGUAGGGGUGGGGGCCCCGGGGCCCGGAGGGGGCAAUGGGGGGAGCCACCUGCAGUGCCUGUCCGUCCACUGCACAGAUGAGCUGGGGGACAGUAAGGGCCGAGGGGGGCCCGUCUCCUCCUGGCGCUCCCUGCACUCCGACAUCUCCAACCGCUUUGGGACCUUCGUGGCGGCCCUGACCUGA